GCCGAGGGACCAGCUCGCUGCUUCAUCCUGAGCAUCUUUCCUCCUCUUUCACAUCAUCCUCAGCAAAAACACGGCGGGAUGACGGAAUAUCACCAACCUUACAUCUCUCCAGCCCUCUGUUUGCGAUAGAUUAUCGUUGCGAUUCAGCAAAACGCAAUGCUGCUGCACAACCUGAGGCUUUUUCUCCGGUGAUGAGGAGGAGACAUAAAAGCCUGUUUUCUGUGGACAACGAAAACAAUGUAGUUGUUCCGAGCAGCUUUUCCGUGUCUUCUGAUACGCUUCAUUCAACGUUUCAGCAGUCCCAGCGCUCACUGAGAGUUGUCUCAUUUUUUUUGGUGGUUGCGACCAGAAACAGAGAAGAUGCUCGGACAGAAGUAUCCGCCUGACAACACCAGGUGCUUGAGAAUUUCUUUCUAGCUGCCAUAAGGAAAGGUCAUCCCAAUGGAAAUGUCAGCUGUUCCUUUACCAUCACAACAGCCACCUCAUAAGAAGAAGCUGUCAGUUCUAGCACUUGGUCUGACCGGACUAUCUCAUUAAGAUGGACAACCCCAUGGCUUCAGUCACCCCUGACACAUAUGACCACAUGUCUAUCAGAGGAUUUUCUCUCAAAGACAAAAUUUUUCAGGUGUAAUAGAUUUGUUCAUGUGCAUCAUAUCACAGAUAAGGAAUAUUAGAGGACCUGCUUGAGUUUCUGCCUGAAAGAUCCAGGCACGAAAGACUAAAUGAAGUAUGUAGUUCGAUUAUCAUGCAGAAAACUUGGGGAUGCACCACAUACAAGCUGGCCACACAGAUUUUCAGGAACAGCAGGUGUAGCUGAUGGUGUAGCCCCCCUCUCUGCAUCGGCGACCCAAUGACCCCUGCUGAAGUCAGAUAGUUGGUGAGCAGCGAACCACAUGUCCUCAUCAGAGAUCUAACCACAGCUGAUAUCCCCCACACAGCCAUGAGAAUGAGAUUGAGUGCAUGCCCAUAACCAAGUCACGCCAGCUUUGUCGUGGCUGGCCGUCGCGGGACGGUAACCUCCGUCUGCCAUGUCGCGGCUGAUGCUCGGCGGGACUCUGGAGCGCAUCUGCAAGGGUGUUGUGCUGCUAUGCCUGCUCCACUUCCUCAUCAUGAUGAUCCUGUACUUUGACGUCUACUCGCAGCGCUUCGACAUCUUCAGCCGUUUCAACAAUGGCCGCAACGGAUCCAGGAAUAAUGCCAGCGGGGCAGGGAGUGGACAUCAUUAUUACUACUACAACCUGUCCAGGCCCAACGCAACAUUAGCCAGCUACCUGGCCACGGGUGAACAGCUGGUGCCAAGUAUGCAACCCGAGAACAAUCAGACGCCUUCGCCCAAACCGCUCCCACCAUGUCCUGAAAACCCACCUGGCCUCGUGGGGCGUUUGUUGAUCGAGUUCAGUUCCCAGAUGACAAUGGAGCGAGUGCAGAAAGAGAACCCCAACGUCACAGAGGGAGGCCGAUACACGCCCCCCGACUGCCGGCCCAGAUGGAAGGUUGCCAUCAUCAUCCCGUUCCGCCACAGAGAAAAUCACCUCAAGUACUGGCUCCACUACCUCCACCCCAUCCUCAGACGGCAGAGGAUUGACUACGGCAUUUACAUCAUCAACCAGUUGGGGGAGGACACCUUCAAUCGUGCCAAGUUGUUGAACGUUGGCUACACGGAGGCCCUGAAGGACGCUGAGUACGACUGCUUCAUCUUCAGCGACGUGGAUCUGAUCCCUAUGGACGACCGCAACCUCUACCAUUGUUACGAUCAACCAAGACACUUCGCCAUCGCCAUGGACAAAUUUGGUUUCAGGCUUCCCUACGCAGGCUACUUCGGAGGAGUUUCAGGCCUCAGUAAAAAACAGUUUCUGAAGAUCAACGGCUUUCCAAAUGAGUACUGGGGCUGGGGAGGGGAGGACGACGACAUCUACAACAGGAUAACUCUGAAUGGGAUGAAGGUGUCCAGGCCAGACGUUCGCAUCGGCCGCUACAGAAUGAUUAAACACGAGAGAGACAAACACAACGAGCCCAACCCGCAGAGAUUCAACAAAAUCCAGAACACGAAGAACACAAUGAAGAAGGACGGCAUCAGCUCCCUGACCUACAGAGUGGUUGACGUCAAGAAGUAUCGUCUGUACACAAACAUCUCUGUGGAGAUUGGCAAGCCACCGCCACGGCCCAUCAAAGGUUAGAGGGAAUGACUGAGCGAAAACUGAACAUGAUUCAGAGUCAUGUACAUUUACCGGUGUGGGCAGAGGGGAGAGGAAGAGAAGCAAAGAAGAAACGAAAGAGAGAUAUUGUACCCCGAACAACUAAGACUGAGGAUUGAUAUUGUAGUGACUCUUUCUCCUCUCUGGUCCCUUCUGUUUGGUCUUUUGAGAUUUCAUCUUGAUAUUAAUCUCUUAUUGGACUCAGGCUCUUUCUAUUUACAUCCUCUUCAAGCAGCCACUGGCAGGUUUCACGCCUGGACCGGUCACUGACUUCCCUACGAGUAUCUCACGGACCAAAAGUUGGAAUAUCGACGUCUGACAGAAGGGAGUCGUUACGUACGCUGGAGGGCAUCCAACAACAUAUUGACAGGAACUAUUAUUGGGGGAUUACAAUUAUAUCAUUGUUUUGGAAAUGUUGCUGAGCUCACACAAGGAUUCCUGGACACUUCAGGCUGAAGCCACGAGGAAAGAAACGAUAAAUGAUAUGGAGACGAUGCAGUUGCCAGUUUGGAAAUUAAGUAUCAGAGAAAGAGAAAGUCUUGCUAAGGCCUGAAUGCCACAGGGCCCAAACUGUACAUUCAAAUAGUAUAUUGACUUGCAGUGGUGGUCCACCGAACUGUAUCGGUUGGUCUGCAUAUCAAAAAGGUCGUACUUUUGUGACAUGCGGCACUUAGAGAGUUUCAUAUCGACGAUUUUGUCAGGGUGUCACUUGUCUGGAUCUCAUUAAUCAAAACCUCUUCCAUCAAUCUAUGAAUGUGUAUCGUGCCUGCAUAUACAGCAGAAGACUCGUGAACACACUGAUGAAACGUCAGCAGCAACGAACAUCUGAGAACUCUCUUUUUGUUCUCCUUUUUUUACACAUGUGAACUACAAUUUUGAAAACGGAAGCGGGCUUAUUGGAGGUUUUACAACAAAAUGGAAUCUAUGAAGAUCUGAAUGUUUUUUUUUUUUUUUUUUUCCUGGAGGUAUUGUUUGCAGGAUAUGAAAUCUGACGGGGAAACUGGAAACAGCAGGCCUGAUUAUACACUGACAGCUCAGUUAGGAUUUUAACCCAAUGUGGCGAAUAAGGAGAUUCUGUUUCCAAUUGUUCGUCGUUCACUCUGCUUCUAUAAAAAGGGUAAUCUGCUCUUUAAAGGUACAAGAUAGCUUGUUUUAUGUUGAACAUUGGGCAUUUGUCACAUUUCAUCCUCAUAUUUUAAUCAGAAAUCAUAAAAAACUGAGCUGUCUAUGGGAUAUGUUUUACAGUUAAAAAGCAUUGUGGAGAUUUAAAAAAAAACUAACUCUUGAAACUUUUACACAGAUAAAGUGAAGAAUAAUGGUCUCAUGGUCUUAUUUCAAGCCUUCAGUGUGAUCCAAUGGUCCUUUUUUAAUGUUCAUUGACUGUAUUGAUACUGUUUAUAUCCCAUUUUUUCCUCUCUGUUAUCUUUUUUGUUCAAACUUUCAGAAAAAAUAUAACCAGAAGUAAUGAAAGACAGUGAUUCUCAUCUGCUGGUGGAUAUUAUGAAUCUUAGCAGUUUGACUGACGUCUUUAAUGUUGCUUCAAAUUUAAUCUUCUCCAGCUGUAUAUCAUCCUUAUAUCGCAAUUUAGUGUAUUUCGUCACACAUUCAGAUCAUAUUAUUAGUUAAAUAAAUCACUGAGAUUGUUUCUAUUGCAAAAAAUUCUAUUUCAAAAGUCUUACUCACUUCCCUUUUAAAAAAGACACUAGUUCACACUUUUGACAGUUUUGUCUCUGAUAUCUGACUUAUUUUCACCUGUUUUUAUGUUUCCUCACUGCUCCUGUGAUGCGGUUGCCAUUAACACCUAAACACCGAACUGAUGCCUUGAGAAAUAUUCUGUAUUAAAGCUCAUUCUUGAAGAAAAUGCGUGGUUUAAGAUGGGUAAAAGGCCGAACUUCAGGUUUGUUCCAUGUUCCUUUUUCAAUAUUUCCACCUUAUCUUUAACAUUUUUCACAUAAAGGUCUGGAUGAAAAUUGUGCAACUGUUAAUACUGAAUUACACAACCAUGUUGGGCCUUUUAUUUUGGUGAAAACAGUCUCUGCCUUUUGAUCAGCCUCGAGGCAAAAAUGUUCCCAUCUGUUGGGGUGUUUGCCUCGGGCCUGUUGGAAGGCUUGCUCCUCCUCUCUGAACACACUCCCACACACACACACAAACACACACAUUCACACCUUUGACCUUUUUUUAAGCAUGAUCUGCCUUUUCACUGCCUUUUCUUUCUUACUCUGCCAGUUUGGGCCGUGCGUGUCAGUGGCUCACUGUUGUGCUUUGUGGUGGCCACUUCAGGCACAGCUGUGCCUCACAAGAGUGCUCCGUCUUUCAAAAGAUAUCAACAGGGGCUCUCAUGGUGCGUUUGGAUCUCUGUAUCUUAAUUUUCUCCAAUCUCUGCUCCUCGACAUCCCCAUUUGUGCAUCCCUCUGUCUCCUUCCUUUUCUUAACCUCUCUCAUCUCCUCUUUUAUUUUCCUUUUCACCCACUCUCUCGUCUGUGUUUUGAGUCGGUUUUGACCGACUACACGUGGUGAAGUCAAUGCAGUUCCCUACUCAAACUGUUUACGGCUGUGCAAUAUUACAGAUUUAUUCACCUCUACUGCAUGUGCUGCUUUAAAGUCUUUGUUGAAGAAAUGAGAUCAUAACAUUUUUAAAGGCUUGUAUGUUUUGAGUUGUAAUUCACUUACAACUGAAAAUUAUAUUUCUUCAAAUCCACCUGAUUCAUUAGAAAUGUUCACAACAGAAUGCACUGCAAUACAAAUUGUUGUAUCAAAGGGGCACUCUAUAUAUAAUCUUUUACUUUGAUGAAUUUAGGUUGUUUUUAAGAGUGAUUGAUUUAAUGUAGGAGAGGAUAUAUAAAAUUGAAACAUGAAUUCUGGCAAAGAAGGUCUAAUGCUCUAGUCUAGGUCUAAUGCUGCUCAGAAACAUUUUCAUCACCUGUCGCUUACAGUACAUGAUUUCACUUGAAACUAAACUAAAGAAUAAAACUGGUGGAGUGUCCCUUUUAAAACGAGAUGAGUUCCAGCGUAAUCAAAGCUGCCCUUUUUAUAACAUCAGUCCUGAGCUGAGUACAUGGGAUGGAGUGAAGCUAUAACUGGAGAGAAAUAACCACCGCAGUGUGUAAACAGUAACAUGACUUCAAGAGGAUCAGCAACAGAUGCAUUCAUCAAAAAGUGUAUUUAUAAAAAAUGUGGCCUCUAAUUGCAAAUCAAACAGCCAAGAGAAGUGCUUGAUGUUUCUCAUUGGACUUCUGAAGCUGCUCCAGCUGUCAAGCACACCUCAUAUCAUUAAAGUCCUAUUAACAUUCAGAUACAGUUUUGUUCAUCUGCUGACAGUGGACAGGAUCUUUAGUAAACCUGUAGGUAUUUUUAGAACUUUACUGUAUCUAUAGCUGUUUUGGUUUUUUUUCUUUUUGUACAUUGAAUGUUGAAAAUGUUAUAUCUUAUAUAGAAUGCGUUAUGUCAUA